AUGAUGGAACACUUUGAUACAAAGUGGAUAUUUACUUGUGGCAGAUUGGUUUGUUCGGAAUGGAAUGAGGCCAUUCUCUCGAGUCCUCUCUCCAUUUCCAUUAAUUUAGGAUCAUUGAAUAGGGAGAGAAUUGAUCAGUUUAUGGAGAGUGGAGUGAGUGGUGUUUUUAAAAGAUUGGACCGAGUUGCAAUUAUUGGUUUGGAUAUUGAUGCAAUGCAUCUAUCGUUGGUUCCCAGAGAUUUGACCAAUUUUCAUCACCACAAAAAACAAGGAGUGCUUGCUUACUGGUUUAAUUAUGGAGUUGAGGUGAUGAAGAGUUUCACAAAAUUGAGUUUUGAGCAUGUGCAUUUACUGUCGUUAUUUGAUGGAUUGUCUGGCUUGGAAUUGAAUGGAGUUGGUGAUGAGGGUGUUGACUAUUUGAUUAAACACAAAAAGUUACUGGACUUGAAGGAGCUUUGUCUCUCAGCAGACAAUACUAAAAUAUCACAGAGAAUAACACAGGAGGGAAUUUCAAAAUUGGACACUCUAAAGUUCAACAAUUUGAAGAUUCUGGAUUUGAGAAAAAAUAUGCUUGGUGUUGCUGGGCUGAAACAAUUAUUUCAAUCUCAAAGUUUUCCAAAUUUGACUAGUCUGAUUCUUAAAGAGUGCCACAAAUUUGAAAAACGAUUGGAUGAAGCUUUCAAGAGUUUUAAUAGUGAUAAUUUUUCUUCAAUGACGUAUUUGGAUUUGAGUCUUUGUAAAAUUGGAGAUGAUGGAGUGAAAUUCAUAUUUUCACAAAAGUGGAAUAGUUUAAAACAGGUCAAUCUCAAUACUAACUAUAUUGGUGUGAACGGAUGUAAAUAUAUAGCUGAAUCACCAACUGAAACAAUUGAACAUUUGGAAUUGGGAUGUCAAGGAAUUGAAGAAUCGGCCUGUAUGGAACUAUCAAAAAUAUUAUCUUUCAAAUUGAAAUAUCUCAAUCUUGAAAAGAAUAGAAUUGGAAAAGGAGUAGAACAUUUAUGUAAGAGUAAAAAUUUGGAACAUAUUGAAACACUGAUUCUCAAUAAUUGUGGUUUGCAUCAUUCCGCUUGUGAACAUAUUGUGAAUUCUGCUUUCAAUUCGACGCUAACUUAUUUAGAUAUUGGUAGCAACAGCCUAAAAUUGGAACGUUUAUUUUGUGGCUCUCUUACAAGCUUGAAAACAUUACUGGCAAGUGGGCGGAUUAGAGGUAAUUAUGUUUUUGAAAACGUUCCAAUACGAAGAUCAGAAGCCCUUCCUUCUAUACAAUCUAUUGACCUAAGUUACAAUACCCUCACCUCUAAUUUUAUAGAAUGGUUAUCAGAACCUUUCAGCACAUUAGAGUUCCUCAAUUUAAGGUCUACUGGAAUAACAGAUCAAGAAGUCAUUCUACUUCAGAAAAGUAAAAUCAAAACGGUAGAUAUUUCAGAAAAUAGAUUAGAUUUAUUUCAGCAUUACACAUGGGUUCGUUAA